ACGCCAAUUUGCAGGAAUACACUUUUUUUUUUUUUUUUUUUUUUUUCUUUUUUCUUGCAAUUUGCUGUGAUACAAGAGGACGACGUCCACGACAACGAAGAUCGAAGAACAAGUAAACUCCAUUGAUUGUUUCUUCUUUAAGCUUUAAUUUCACGAUUUCAGCUCAAAUUUUCAUCUCCAAUUUGUCAAAGAGGAUAAGAAGAAGAGGAAGAUGUGGGUGUUUUAUUUGAUAUCAUUGCCAAUGACAUUGGGGAUGGUGGUUAUAACCCUAAAAUACUUCGCAGGACCUCAUGUUCCUCGUUAUGUAUUUUUUACCGUCGGUUAUGCUUGGUUUUGUUCGCUUUCUAUUAUUAUUCUUGUCCCUGCCGACAUCUGGACGACUGUUAUUGGUCACUACAAUCAAGUCAUUUCGUUCUUUUGGAGCUGGUCAUAUUGGAGCACGUUUUUGUUAACAUGGGCUGUGGUCCCCCUUAUUCAAGGUUAUGAAGAUGCUGGGGACUUUACAAUGACAGAAAGAUUGAAAACCAGUGUGCAUGUGAACCUUGUCUUUUAUCUAAUCGUCGGAUCCAUUGGUCUUAUUGGACUCAUACUCCUUAUCACUAUGCGCAGGAACCUGGAAGGAGGUGUCCUUGGUUUUGCGAUGGCAUGCUCCAAUACGUUCGGACUUGUUACAGGAGCCUUUUUACUUGGUUUUGGUUUAAGUGAAAUUCCCCGCAGCCUCUGGAAAAAUGCAGACUGGACUUUUCGGCAGAAAAAAUUGUCCCAUAAGAUUGCGAAAAUGGCUGUGAAACUGGACGAUGCUCAUCAGAACUUCUCAAAUGCAAUUGUGGUUGCUCAAGCAACAUCUACUCAAAUGUCAAAACGUGAUCCUUUAAGGCCUUAUAUGGACGUCAUUGAUAAGAUGUUGGCUGAAAUGUUCAAAGAAGAUCCAUCUUUCAAACCACAAGGAGGGAGAUUGGGUGAAAAUGACAUGGAUUAUGAUGCAGAUGAUAAAUCAAUGGCUGAGCUUAGGCGUCAGCUAAGAGUAGCUUACGAGGAGUAUUAUCGAUACAAGAGUGAAUAUAUGACGUAUGUCUUGGAGGCCCUUGAGGUGGAAGAUACCAUUAAGAAUUUUGAGCGACGCCAUGCUACAGGAUGGAAAUAUGUUUCAAGCCUGCGCGGAAGUCGUCUUGGCACAAUUGGCUCCAUCUUUGAUACUAUUGAGUUAUUAUGGCGCUGUAUCUUGAGGAAGCAACUACAAAAACUUUUGGCUAUUGUACUUGGUUGCAUGUCAGUUGCAAUUCUUUUGGCAGAAGCAACGCUGCUUCCUAAUGUUGAUCUAUCUCUUUUUUCAAUUCUCAUCAAAUCUGUGGGAAGACAAGAGUUAUUUGUGCAGGUUUUUGCAUUUAUUCCUCUGAUGUACAUGUGUAUAUGUACUUAUUAUUCACUGUUAAAAAUUGGAAUGCUGAUGUUUUACUCUCUGACGCCAAGACAAACAAGCUCUGUCAACCUGCUUAUGAUUUGCUCGAUGGUUGCUCGUUAUGCUCCUCCGAUUUCCUACAAUUUUUUAAACCUUAUCCGUCUUGAUCGGAAUGCUAAAACUAUCUUUGAGAAGCGAAUGGGAAACAUUGAUGAUGCUGUUCCCUUUUUCGGAAAGAGAUUCAACAAAAUUUUCCCUCUUAUUAUGGUUAUCUAUACAAUUCUGGUUGCAUGCAAUUUCUUUGAUCGGGUGAUGAAUUUUUUUGGAAGUUGGAAGAGACUCAGGUUCCAAAGUGAAGCUGACGAUAUGGAUGGUUUUGAUCCAUCUGGAAUGAUGAUCUUGCAAAAAGAACGCUCAUGGCUUGAACAAGGACACAAGGUUGGCGAGCAAGUUAUACCACUUGCAAGGAACUUUAACAAUGUCAGUGGUGAUGUUGAGUCUGGCAUAAACAGAAAGGAUGCUGUUGAGAUGAAAGGGUCUUCAUCCACGGACGAUAUUAAAGGUAGUCUGGUGAAAACAUCGAAGUCUGAAACUCGUCAAUAUAGUGGGAGUAGGGAAGCGAUAAGCCACAAAUACGCUGUGUUGAGAGAGCAGAAUAAGCAAUCAUCCAGCGCAAAACCAUCAGAGAAUACUAUAGCUUCGGCUAAGGUGUCAUUGUUGAAUACCGAGACUACUAAUUCUGCAAGUGACCAAGGACGCACAUCAUCUGGUAUGUCUUCCACAUGGCAGUCAAUGAAAGCGGGUUUUCAGAAUUUCAAGACAAAUCUUGAGUCAAAGAAAUUUCUUCCAUUGCGACAAUCACAAGAAACAAAACUUCUCUCUCAUGAUUCCUCUUCUGAAUCUCUAGAUGAGAUAUUCCAGAGAUUGAAACGCCCUUCAGACAGUUCAUCAUAUGUUGAUGAUGAUGAUGAUACGGAAGCCAGAGACUCAAAAUCAAAUAGAUAACACUUCUGUCUGAUUAUAGAGAUGUACAGGAACCACAAUGGAGGUAUGAGUGCUUAAUAUGAUUGUAUAGGUCUAGAGAAAGGGUCAAGUGUCCACUGAUGAGCACAUUCUUUUGCUGCAUUCUUUGAUCGCACCUUGCACCCUGUGAUCCUGCCUUGCUCCUAAUCAACUUAAACGGACUCGUAAGGCCACAAUAUACACAUGUAUGAGUUAAUUCUUACCACAAAGAAAACCGACACACAAGAAAAUCUUUUUGUAUACUUCUGUAUAAGUUUAGGUCAUGGGCCAUUUGUCAAGUCUAGUGAAUUUUGAACAUGUAUCUUGACAAGAAUUACUAUGAAUCUAUUUUACUGUAUGUA